GGGAAUGUCAAAUUCCUGCCAAACAACUGGCGACUCCAGCCUGUUCGGGACAAAGAGGAGACUAUAACCAUAAAGGAUUAAAUGCUAGGCACGAAAUUAUUCAUAAGGAAUAUAUGUCUAGAA